AUGGGAGAACCAAUUCGCGACGAGCCACUCACCACCACUGUCACUCCGGCCAAGAGGUCGUUGGAGAUCGACGACCCCUUUCAACCUUACAAGGUUGAGGGAUUUGACGAUGGGCUAAGAUACGAUACGCUCCAGGUCCAUGCAGGCCACCGACCAGACCGAGAGACGCAUGCUCGGGCGGUGCCAAUUUACAACAGCGUGUCCUUUAUCUUCACCGACAGCGCCCAUGCAAAAAGGGUGUGUGCUAUGGAGGGUGCUGGCUACUUUUACAGCAGAAUUUCCAACGUGAGAGGUCUCCGAGAGCAGAUUGCUUGGUUCAACGGCUUACAUAUUCCGCUUCAGCCAACAGUCGCUGUUUUUGAAAAGAGAGCCGCGGCUCUUGAAGGUGGAACUGCUGCUGUUGCCACCGCAUCCGGACAGGCCGCAAUCUUCAACACCAUUAUCUGUCUUGCUGGAGCUGGUGACAAUGUAGUCGCCUCAAUCAACCUGUACGGAGGCACUUACAGUUUGUUCAAGACCCUUCUACCUCGCCUCGGCAUCUCAAUCAGGUGGGCCAAAAAAGAAACUCGCGAAGAGUUUGAAAAGCACAUCGACGACAAGACCAAGAUGCUAUUUGUCGAGACUAUCGGAAACCCUCGUUGCAGCAUUCCCGACCUGAAAGAGCUAGGAGAGCUUGCACAUGAAAAUAACGUGCCGUUCGUUGUGGACAACACCUUUGGUGCUUGCGGUAUCUGGUGCAAGCCUAUCGACUUCGGAGCAGACAUCAUUUUGCACUCAGCCACCAAGUGGAUGGGUGGACACGGCACAACGGUUGGAGGUGUCAUCAUCGACUGUGGCACUUUCGACUGGGGCAAAGCGGGUGAAAGGUUCCCACGAAUGAUCAAGAAGGAAGGUCCUAUGAGCUUCUCCUACUGGAAAGCUUUCGGAAAUAUCACGUUCGCCAUGGCCAUGAGAAUCGAUAUCCUGAUGGAAGUCGGAUCCACUUUGGCUCCUGCAUCAGCUCAACAACUCCUCAUUGGAAUGGAGACGCUCAGUUUGAGGUGCGAGAAACACGCGAAGAACACAAUUGAGAUUGCUCGCUUCCUGGAAGCACACCCUAGAGUUGCUUGGGUCAACUAUCCUGGCCUCGAGAAGAAUCAAUAUUACGAAAAUGCGCAAAAGUACUUGAAGAACGGUUACGGAGGCGUUCUCGCGUUUGGUCCGAAGGGUGGAGACGUCGCUAGCAAGAUGCUCAUGAACUACGUGAGAGUCAUCUCACACCAAACAAAUGUGGGAGAUUCGAAGACGCUAGCCACUCAUCCCUGGAACUCCACCCAUGUUAUCAUGCCCGAGAAGGACAGGCGUGAAGCCGGAAUUACGCCCGCUUUCAUCCGAUUCUCGGUUGGAACUGAGGAUGUGAGAGACAUCAUUGAGGAUCUUGAUCAAGCUCUAGCGAAAUUGCCCGACGACAUUGUCAAUGCUCAUGAUGAAAAGCUGGAGGCCAAAUUGACUUCAAAUGGGGACCGUCCGACUGUUAUUGAAGCGGCUGUUUGCGAGAAGGUUGACUUCACUGAUGCGGAUGUGUCACUGUCCAAACAGAACGUCCCGAUGGGUCGUCAAAAUGAUGUCGGGAACUGGUAG